AGCUGUCCUUGCUGGACCUGCUAUGUCACUGGACCUCAUUAUUGCAAUGAGUUAAUAAUGAUCCUGGCUCUGAUUCCCACCAAAUACCAUGCAAUCUGUUCCAGCUUCUCUACAAGAAAAUAUGGGGAAAUAAAAAGGAAAUAAAGAGUUUACUAAACCAAUACCAAAAGAUUGAGAUUGAAGCAGUACAACUGUUGUCCCAAACUGACUGGAGCUGAACUGGUUUGGAGGCCUUUCAGAUCAGAACAGAAGGCAGCUAUGAUUUUUUCAUCCAUUUUACUCAUUGUCUGGUUUCUUCAACUGACUAGAUUGCAAGGUGCUGCUGACCCAGAAAUAGGUUGUAAGAGGUCACUAAUCUCUCCGAGAAUUGUUGGAGGCCAACCAGCCUCUGAGGGGUCAUGGCCCUGGCAAGCGGGCCUUUCAGUACUCAACAUAACUUUUUGUGGUGGCACUCUCAUAGACAAGCAGUGGGUGCUCACAGCCGCUCAUUGUUUCAUUUGGGUCCCUGAAGGCUUUGACGGAAUUUUUGUGGGGCUAGGUGGCCACCAACUCAUGAACCCUUCAAAUAACUCAGAGAAAUUUGCCAUCCAACAGAUCGUUGUUCAUCCUAACUACACAGCUAAUGACACUGUGUAUGACAUCGCUUUAGUGAAGCUAAAUGACACUGUGGAUUUCACCAAUUAUAUCUUGCCUAUGUGUCUCCCAAAGUCUUCUGUGGAGUUCCCUGACAAUACCAACUGCUGGGUCACUGGAUGGGGAAGAACACAAUCUAAGGUGGACCUGGAGCCUCCCCAAACCCUUCAAGAAGUGGAGGUGUCUAUCAUCAAUACAGACAUAUGCAACUCUCUCUACAAUGAGCUCAAUAUUACAAUAUUGCCCCACUCCCCUGUCAGGCCCGGUAUGAUCUGUGCAGGUAAUUUAGAAGGGGGCAAAGAUUCUUGUCAGGGUGAUUCUGGAGGACCUAUGGUUUGCAAGUGUAAUGGAAGUGAAAAUUGGCUCUUGACUGGGAUUGUGAGCUGGGGAUUAGGCUGUGGCGUAGCCAAUGUGCCUGGUGUCUACACUUCAGUAGCACACUAUUCUGAUUGGAUCCAGUUGCACUUACCCCACAUAAAAUUUUCAGAGUGCUCAAAUGGAAGUAAUAGUAUAGGGCAUAACACCCUUGUCAUGCUUUUUCUGAUAUCCAUGGGAUUGACUAACUGCCUGGAGCACAACUACUCAAGCAACAUAUUGAAAGAAAAGUUGCAAAGAAUGGCAACCAUGGGCUUUCCCUCCAUCUUGCUGGGACUCGGUCUACUGUACUUGUCUGCAGCACAAGAAUGUGGACAGCCUAGAAACGCACGAAUUGUUGGAGGCCAGGAUGCCACCCCAGGGAAAUGGCCCUGGCAAGUGAGCAUUCUCCGGAAUCUGCAACCCAUUUGUGGAGCCUCAAUUAUAAAUGAACAAUGGAUACUAUCAGCAGCUCAUUGCUUCUAUAAUAGUCCACCUGGUUUUAUAUAUAUGGCACUGCUGGGCACCCAUCAGCUCUUCAAUCUCUCACAUGAUGCAGUAUUUGCGAUGGUGGAAAAAAUUGUCCUCCACCCAGACUUCAAUGGGAAGGCUGCCUCCCUUGGAGAUAUUGCUUUAAUUCAACUGAAAACACCAGUUAAAUUCACCAGCUCCAUUAUGCCCAUCUGUUUGCCGACAUCUGAAAAUUUCUCUGUGGAAGCAGAUUGCUGGAUCACUGGAUGGGGAAAAAUUAAAUAUGGAGUACCUUUGCCACCUCCACUAACCCUCCAGGAAGUGAAAGUGUCUCUCAUAAACCAGAAUGACUGCAAUGGGAUCUACAACAACUUUCCAGUUAUGGGCCUUGGCGAGGAUGCUAUCAAGGAUGAUAUGAUUUGCGCAGGUUAUCCAAAUGAUGGAAAGGAUUCCUGCCAGGGUGACUCAGGAGGCCCUUUGGUUUGCCAACUCCAAGGAAGGUGGACUCAAGCUGGGAUUGUGAGCUGGGGAAUUGGAUGUGCUAGUAAAAGAUACCCUGGCGUCUAUACUUCAGUGCCUUAUUAUUCUGACUGGAUCAAAGAUGUAAUGGAGGAGAACAUGAACAACAAACCCAACUCUGGCAAUGUACCCAUUCAAAAUGUAUCCACUCCACUGGUACCCAUUCAAAAUGUAUCCACUCCACUGGUACCCAUUCAAAAUGUAUCCACUCCACUGGUACCCAUUCAAAAUGUAUCCACUCCACUGGUACCCAUUCAAAAUGUAUCCACUCCACUGGUGCCCAUUCAAAAUGUAUCCACUCCACUGGUACCCAUUCAAAAUGUAUCCACUCUAGUAGUGUCUUCUCAAAAUGUAUCCAAACUAAUAACACCCGCUCAAAACACACUCAUUCAAAAUGCAUCCAACCUAAUAAUACCCAGGCUAGUAGUCCUUUUAUUGUCCAUUGUACUGGCUGUUUUUUGAUAUCUUUUUACAUUCAGCUUAUCAAUUAACAGAGUUUCCCAACCUUAGAAACUUUACAAGGUAUGAACUUCAACUCCCAGAAUUCAGCCAGAGAAAUACUAAGUUAACUGAAAGAGAAUGGUGGGCUCUGCUUAAGGGCAUUCCUAAUCCAUCUGAUUGAUUUAGCUUAUUUCAAAAUGUGUUACUAAUGAUUUGUGCCAGUAGAGCCAUUACUGCCAUGUAAUGAAAAUGCUGAGAUUUUGUCCUACUCUGAAUAUUAGUAUAUUUUUCCAUGACUAUUAAAAUUAAUAUUUGAAGGUCAUAAUACUCAUAUAUAACAAGGCAUAUUAGUUUGCACAAAUGUCAAUGUUCUGAAAAUUUUUAUACUACACAAAAUCAUUCUUUUUCCCUUUGGAGGGAAAAGUGGAAAUAUUUGAGAUAACAAUAAAGUUCAUUUUUGGUGUUCA